AUUCUGUGUCUGAGCACUGCACUGAAAAGAAAACAAGGCCACAAGUGUUGUUCCUGUUGGAGGGUAACUGCACCUGGUUAUGUGUUCCAUUUGAUCAUUCUUAACUUUAAAUAGCUCUCCCGAACAUCAGAAAGCUGAUUGGUUGGGUAUUCAUGAGAAGAUAUGUCAAUUAUUAAUUCCACUACGUACUCCAAUGCCAAUCCUGGGCUCGGAAGAAGACAGACAACAUCGCAAAAAUCAACAACUUAUCAGACAGGUGGUUUAUCAAAUAAAAAGAAAAUAGCCAAUUAAAUUACAUCAGAUCGAUCGGUCUUUAUUAGAAGCUAUUUCUUCACACAGACUUCAUCAUCUGGCUUCUAAUACAUAUACAUACAACUUAGAUGCUUGCUUAUGUUUGUUCCAUAUUGUAUGUAUGCUUGCAUGCAUUAUCAGAACAGUAAAGAUUUCACAACUUGUCAACAAGAUGUGUUUGCAACAGGCUCAUAGCAAGCUUGCACAUCCUGUUGACAAGUUGUUGGAACAGCAUUGCUACAGGUUUAUUACAAAUUGUGCAUUUUUAUGUGUGUAACUGUAAGCGCAUGUGAAGUCUCAUUCUUUAUUUCUUUUGAACUGCUACUCAUAAUGAUAGCUUCCUUUGCAUGCAAUAUAUUUAAAAAUAUCAAAUACAUGUACGGACAUUAAUCAGGUGAAGGAGGCUAACAAUCUGUCCAACAAUCCAAUACCAUAGUGUUUUAACUCUCAAAGUAAUGCAAUAAAUACUUACAUAUUCAUUCUUCCACACAGAAACAAAUGAUUGAGCUAUGUCGUACAACUGGUCAAAAAUUAUUGUUUGAAGGAAAGUAUGAGAGUGCUGUACCAGCUGCCUUAGCCGCAUUAAAGUUUGCAAUCCAGGUGUAUGGUCUGUCAAGUAUUGAGUUGGUUCCUUCCUAUCUCAUUUUGGGGGAGGCAAGCAUAGGUAAGAUUCAUUUCACUGACUGAUUAUAUAAGCCCAGCACUUUCCCUUAUUGACAAUACUGGUACAUACCUCUGGAAAGUAUGUCUUGGCUAUAAAGCCUCGUUUUCAUGUAUGUGACAUCAGUUAAAGCCUUACAUCUCAAUCACAAAAAUGAGGCUUUAUAGUGAUCAAGAUGAUAUACUUUCUGGAAGUGUAUAUAGUAAAGUUGUCUAACAUUAGGCAGAUUGUAUAACAAUGUAGGAAGCAUUAGAGCUGAACAGGUAAAGUAAUAACCUACUCACACUUUUUUGUUUUAAGGUCUGAACAAGUUAUCCCAAGCAAAUGAAUAUUUGUCGCAAGCACAGUGGACUGUGUUAAAAACUCCAGAGUGUGGCAAUGAGAUCAAAUCAAGAUUGUAUAGAAAUCUAGGAUUGUUAGAAGCAGCAAGAAAAAAUUAUUUUGAUGCUUUAAGUCAUCUAUCUAAUGAUGUAAGAUGACAAAAAUCAAAGUUUAAAUAUUGCUCUUUUUUACCUUCCUUCUCCAUUAUUAUUUCAGUUCACCAUGUCUUUUAUUCCUAAUCAUCUCUUCCAUGUAAUUCCUCACUGACAUUUCAUCUUUUAAAUGUCCAUGUCAUCUUUUCCUCUUUCUGCACUUUCUAUCAUUACAUAACCAUUCUUCUGAUCUCCUUGUACAUCAAUAAAAAACUCACAGGAUCUGUUCACUUUUCAGUGUAAUUUUACCUACUAGACCUACAUUUUCGUCAGAUUUUGCAUUCCUUAUCGUUUCCUUCUGCAAAUUUCCAGGAUCAGUAUCCAGAUUUGUAUUUCUCAUCUUGGGCUUAAUUUUCCAGCAAAUUGAUGCCAGAUCGGGAUAGAUGUAUCUAUUCUUGCGUUUCAAUCACGUGAAUUUUAGCAUAAUUUGACUCAGGUGGGGGUCAACCAUUGAACUGAGGUCAACUACAACAACAAAGAAACAAAAUGGCUGUCAACGCAUCUUAUGUAAAUGAGGUCUCCAACUAUAAAAGCCAGUAUAAAACAAUAAUACGUUAGCUACUCUUUACCCUUGACACAGAUCCUUGACCCCCACGUGACAUCAUAUGAAACCCAAGAAUAGAUUCAGCACAUCCCCAUAGUGUGUUGUUCAGUUGUUUUACAUACUUCGCAGUCAGUUCAUUCUUAGAAUUCAGUUUGAUAGUGAAUCACCUAGAAAUACAUGAAAAACCAGGAUAACUUGCAUAUUUAGGUGUACCAUUCAUCCUGUGCCUAUGGUACGGACGAUAUUCAAACGUCAGGAGGUUACUUCCACAUGGCAAAUGUUUUCUACAGACAGAACAGACUGGAUGUAGCUUUCUCGCUUUAUAACCAGGUAUAUAUCUGGGCCAUCGCUUUUAGGGUUGUCAUUUUAGUAUUUUUGACAAGACGGUUAGCAAAAUCUACAAGGGGCAAAAAUUAUUUAACGAAAUCCACAGUGGCGAUGCCAAUGUUUAAUGAUUUGCAUUAUUAAAACCUUUAGAAAUGUAUUUUUAAUUAAUCUAUUUAAAUGCAGGUUUAUUAGCAUAGCAGUUGCCGUGGCUAGCUUCGCCAUUGGUGAUCCCUAUACGACUAUCUCUCGUCCAAACUAAGUGUUUGAACUCAUUUUCAUUACGUUGGGCACAUGAAAAGUUGGACAUUUUACUUUCUGCAGGUUAUUGAUAUAUGGAAUGGUCAUUUAAGCCAUCUGGUGGAUCAGAGAACACGUGAACCUGAGGUUACUACUGGACUUAUUGGACAGAUGAUAAGUGGUGACAAUGCGAAUGAUAUCGAUGUUCUAGGUUAGAUUCAUAGAUAAACUGAAAGUUGAAAACAUAAUCUCGAUAGGCUCUCUAACCAAUAUAUCGUGACUGCAGAUUGGUAUGUUUUGUCAGAGUCGUAUACGAAGGUCUAUAGCUAUAGCCAAGGAAACAUUUUUGGAGAAAACUUUGAGAAUUCUGACAGUUCUAUAUUUAAGUUCUGUAUUUCCUGGAAUGUUUGCCAUUUGGAACUUUAGAGUUGCGAAGUAACAAAGUUUGCUUCCCAGAAGAGAUAAAAGUUGCGAAGUAACAAAGUUUGCUUCCCAGAAGAGAUAUCUUCAUUGUAGAUAACAUUAGUUUCUCUUUUAUAAAGGUGAAGCUCAAGAAGCAGAAGCAAUUCAAGUUUUGAAUGCAGUCUUAGAACUACGUGAACAACAAACUGUUCAGAAUGCGUCCAUUAUGUGUAAAGUUUACUACACUCUUACCAUGUUACAUUUUAUCCUAAAUGACUCGAAACAGGUAAUAUAACAUCUCAAAUGUGGCCCUUGGCAUAGCUUGCUUUCAGUUUCACUACGGCAUAGCCUGCCUGCUGAAUUUCUGUCCGAAAAAGGUUCGUCUUUUCUUAAGCCGUGCAGCAGAUGGUGGGAAAACGGCAAUUGAAAAAUCACAUCUUAUUUUUCACUGGAAAAUGUCAAAGAUACAAACCACGACAGCUGAUUGGUAUAUUGACAGCUAGAACAAUUUAGGAGCUUUCUAAAAUACUAUGAUUCUUGUUGUUUUCAGGCAGAAGAAUUUGCAGGCAAAGCAAAAACUGCGUGUGAGAAUAUUGUGUCUGGCGAUGCAGGGAUGGCAGAAAAAAUUUCCGAACUGUCAAAAGCAAUUGAACAGAUUGAAACUCCUACUUCAUAAAGCAACAUUAUUAAAUAUUUGUAAAUAUUUCAAUUUUUGUUGAUAAUCAACAUGUAGGGUCUAGUUCGAAUAUUUCAUGUGCUAACCCAAUGAAAGUGAGCUCAAACAAUGAGUCUAAGUCAUGAACAUUAUAGCUUUGGCCAGUGGGUUUGGCAUAUGAAAAGUUCGACAUUUGAAUUAGUGCGUCAUCAUGUUGUGUAUUAUACAGAUACUAUAGCAUUGGUUUCUUGCCGCUGGAUGUAUUUUCUUUUCACGACUUGGUUGGAAAAAUAAUUAAACAUGGUGUUUUCCUGUUGUUGAUUUGUGUGUGAAUUGUUCACUGGCUUGUACCACACUUAUAUCUUCAAAUAUUCUGUCUAUCACCAGAUGAUUUUACUCACAC